UAAUUCGCGGGAAAUCAAAUAUUUCGGAAACUACUUUAACAAAAAAAAAUAAUAAUAAUAAAGAAAUGUGAGAGAAGAAAAAGGGAAAAACUCUGAAAACUUGCUUUAUAAUGUCAUCAUCACUGCGAGACCCAAAGAUCUAAACAGUCUCCUCUCUCGGAGCUCUCUCUCUCUCUCUCUCUCUCAUGGUGGCGGAGCUGAUCUGUCUCUUUUACUGGUGAUAUAUUCCGUUUUUCUUUUCUGUAGCUGUUCCAGUCGAUGAUGAGUGAAAUCGAUAUCGGAACGACUCAGAGGAUGACUGAGACACACCGCACGACUACGACGUUUCUUGAUUUGCUCCGUCGUCAGAUGAGCGGUCACGAUCUCACCAGGAGGAAACGAACUCUUAAAGAACGGUUGCGAUUCAAAUGCAUCGGCGGCUGCUGCGGUCCGACUUGGAGUCUCCCUCUUACUAACAACGCUGAUCUCCAAAGCCCAAGCGACGAAAUCGAAGAACAAAUCGAAACCGGUCUCGUUCCAGAAUCGGGUACGGGUAUGAAUCUCGCGACGGCGUUAGAGGCGGAGAGAUAUAACCGCGGAGAAUCGACGGAAGCGGAGGUAAAUAUGACGCCGACGAGAGUUUCGCUGAUGAGAUUGCUUGAGGAGACGGCAGAGAGAGCCGCUGACGACGGCGGAAAGGAGACGGAGAUAUUAACGGCGUCAAUGGGGACGUUAACGGGUAAUGAUUCGGUGUGCUGCGUGUGUAUGGGAAGAAAGAAAGGUGCUGCGUUUAUCCCAUGUGGUCAUACUUUUUGCAGAGUCUGCUCUAGAGAACUGUGGCUGAACCGUGGAUCGUGUCCUCUUUGUAACCGUCCGAUCAUCGAGAUCCUCGAUAUAUUUUGAGAAGCGAUCGGAUCGGACGGCUAAAAGUCCUCGAUUCACGUGAUUAAGUGAGAUGAUCCCUAGGUAUACGUUCCAAAUUUUUAACUACGGUUUUGUGUACUUCGUACGUUUCUUUUGGUUGUGGAAGAAGAUGAUGUAAAUGCUAAAAACAAAAAAAAAAAUUGAAGAGGUUUCUGUUCACACGGCCCAGUUUAUCUAUAUAAGCCCAUUAAUCGUA